AUGCCCACCGACAAAUUGAACUUUUCUUGUGUGCUCGUCACUGGCGGUGCAAGAGGAAUUGGAAAAGCGCUUGCUGAAUAUUUUGUUCAUCUUGGCAAGAAGGUCAUUCUUGUGGGACGAAACGAAUGGAACUUUUCUGCCGCCGCAAAGGAAAUAGACGCCGAGGCUUAUUAUGUCUUGGACGUUGGUGUGAGCGCUGAUAUUCCUGCAUUCGUCGAGCGCAUCACAAAAGAACACCCUGAACUUGACUGCAUAGUCAAUAAUGCCGGUGUGCAGCGACAAAUUGAUAUCGUUGAUGGCGAUCUUGAAGAUUUCCUCUCGAAGGCCGACCAAGAAAUCGAUAUCAACAUCCGCGGUCCUCUUCACCUUACUAUGAACCUCCUCCUUCACCUUCGUUCAAAGCCUCAGGCGACAAUUGUCAAUGUCUCAUCGCUUCUCGCCUUCCUUCCUACACGAAUGGCCAGCCCAGUAUAUAACGGUACCAAGGCAUGGCUGCACUUCUGGACUAUGAACCUCCGGACGGCACUUGAAAGAGUCAAUGAUAACAUACGCGUCAUUGGGAUCGCUCCCCCAAGUGUUGGUACAGAUCUACACCGUGAAGCCGAGGAUCCCGAUGACAACAAGAAACACAAAAGCCCAACGGCCCUGACCAUCGAGGAAUUCAUGGAGGAAAUUGAACCCAAGUUAGAGCGAGGGGACUACUUCAUCGGAGCUGGUCCAGGUGUGCAGCUUAUUGAGAGGUGGCAACAGAACUUUGAGCCCGUGUACGAAUCAGCCGUUGCCAAGAUUAAAUGGGGAAAGCCUUAA